UAUGUCAGUGACACAGGCAAUGGAGUGGUUGAUCGAACACGCAGAUGACCCUGCAGUGGAUGCUCCGCUUCCAGGUCAGACACCAUCAGAAGCCACUGCUGAAGCUGGUGCGUCCUCUGCUGAGGCAGCUGCGGGUCCCAGUUCAGAAGCAAGUGGGGAAGAGGCUAAGGAUGAGCUGACAGAAAUAUUCAAGAAGAUCCGGAGGAAAAGAGAGUUUCGUCCAGACCCACGAGCUGUCAUUGCCCUGAUGGAGAUGGGAUUUGAUGAAAAAGAAGUGGUAGAUGCACUCAGAGUAAACAACAACCAGCAAAAUGCAGCUUGUGAAUGGCUGCUGGGAGACAGAAAGCCUUCUCCAGAGGACUUAGAUAAGGGAAUUGACACCAACAGCCCUCUCUUCCAAGCCAUCUUAGAAAACCCAGUGGUACAGUUAGGGCUAACCAACCCUAAAACUCUACUAGCCUUCGAGGAUAUGCUUGAAAACCCCUUGAACAGCACUCAGUGGAUGAACGAUCCGGAAACUGGGCCUGUCAUGCUACAGAUCUCCCGAAUCUUCCAGACACUGAACCGCACAUAGAGGGGAAUGCCAGUCCACUGCUCCACUUCCUCCUGUCCCGCACUUCACCUUCGCCUCAAUGGGAGGAUGCAUGGGUUGUUUGGGGAGGGGGGCGGAUGGAUGGGGAGGGUGCGAGAUCACGUUUGAAUGGGUCUCACACGAGAGCUUAUGUAGUUAUGGCCAACUGAAGUUAAUUGCCUUGUGGAUUUAGUGUUAGUGGAAGAGGUUUGAAGACUUGUUUAUGUUUUCAGGUAUUAGGUUUAAAAUAAAGUAUAUAAAAAAAUAGGAAAAGGUUUUGUGAAAACAAUUCAGAAUCUGAUUGUUGGAAAGAAAUAUUAUAUUGCUUGUUACAAAGGCCUGUGACAGUAGUUUUCUAGCCAGUUUUGCCUAGCAUCUGGCUAGUGUUUACAAAAGGUCACUGACCACUAGCGUAGGAUAUUAAUCAUCUCCAUACAGUAUUAAUUUAUGGCUAUAUCAAAUUAUAAAAUGCUUUUUAAAAUUGAUUCUUAGAAGAUGUUUUUUUUUAAAGUCCAAAUAUUGGGAGAGCAAGCACAUUUCUAUCCAAACUUCUUUAUCACACAUUAUAAUUUAAACAAAAUAGUUAAGAGACGGAAUUAUUUUAAUAAAUAGCAUUACUUUUUCC